AUGGAGGACUUCCGUCCAGGGCUGGCUGAUGAUGCCUCCACCAUGGCCGAUCUGGAUCAUGUCAAUGCGAGUUCUCUGGGCCGUCCGCGGCCACGGCGACAUGACGACGAAGACGAGGGAUCGGAUAUUCUGGAAGACGAUGACCUAGAGAGUACACUCGGUGCACCGGUCAAUGGGCACCUGCAUGGCGAGGGGAGUGCGGAUGAGGAGAAAGAACUUCCAGUUCACGCCUGCGCGUACUGUGGUAUCCACAACCCUAGCAGCGUCGUCAAAUGCCUGUCCUGCAGCAAGUGGUUCUGCAGCGCCCGUGGCAAUACAUCCUCCUCGCAUAUCGUGAACCAUCUUGUCCGAGCUCGCCACAAGGAGGUGCAGUUGCAUCCAGCAUCCUCGCUGGGCGACACGAUCCUCGAAUGCUACAACUGUGGCACCAAGAAUGUGUUCCUGCUUGGUUUCAUUCCAGCCAAGUCCGAUACCGUGGUCGUCCUUCUAUGCCGACAGCCCUGUGCGGCUAUCACAUCAUCUAAGGAUAUGAACUGGGACACGUCCCGUUGGCAGCCGCUGAUCGAGGAUCGGUCUUUCCUUCACUGGCUUGUGGCUGCCCCCUCCGACCAAGAACAGCUUCGGGCCCGUCAUCUGAGCCCUCAGGUGAUUGCGAAGCUGGAGGAGAUGUGGAAAGAGAACUCGCAAGCUACUCUGGAAGACCUCGAGAAAGCCACCGCGGUCGAUGAUGAGCCCGCUCCUGUCCUGCUGCGCUACGAUGACGCCUUCCAGUACCAAAACAUCUUCGGUCCUCUCGUCAAGAUCGAGGCUGAUUAUGAUCGGAAAUUGAAGGAAUCUCAAUCCCAGGAUGGGUUGAUUGUGCGCUGGGACCUUGGUCUGAACAACAAGCACCUCGCAGGUUUUGUGCUCCCGAAGCUCGAGCUUGGAGACGUUAAACUGGCAGUUGGUGAUGAAAUGCGCCUCAAGUACACGGGUGAACUGCGCUCCAAGUGGGAAGGAGUGGGCUAUGUGAUCAAAAUCCCCAAUAACCAAUCCGACGAGGUCACCAUUGAAUUGCGUUCCAAGGGCGACCACAAGUCGGUCCCCACAGAGUGCACGCACAACUUUACUGCCGACUACGUCUGGAAGUCGACCUCUUUUGACCGUAUGCAGCUUGCCAUGAAGACCUUUGCGGUGGACGAGAUGAGUGUUUCGGGCUACAUUUUCCACCGUCUCCUGGGGCAUGAGGUCGCAGCGGCCCCGAUGAAGACCCAGAUUCCCAAGAAGUUCAGCGUUCCUGGUCUUCCCGAUCUCAACGGCAGUCAAAUCAACGCGGUCAAGAGUGUACUGCAACGGCCGUUGAGUCUGAUCCAGGGCCCUCCCGGUACCGGCAAGACUGUCACCUCUGCCACGAUCAUCUAUCACCUUGCCAAACUCAACGGUGGCCAAGUGCUUGUGUGCGCGCCGUCCAAUGUCGCAGUUGACCAGCUCUGCGAGCGCAUUCACAAGACAGGGCUCAAAACUGUGCGAGUGACUGCUAAGUCUCGCGAAGAUGUGGAGUCUCCGGUCGGUUUUCUUUCUCUGCACGAGCAAGUUCGCAUGAACGAUAGCAACAUCGAGCUGGUGAAACUCAAUCAGCUGAAGUCGGAGUUGGGCGAACUGUCCAGCCAGGACGAAAAGCGCCUGAAGCAGCUCACUCGGGCUGCUGAGCGUGAGAUCUUGACCAAUGCGGAUGUCAUCUGUUGCACUUGCGUCGGUGCAGGUGAUCCUCGCCUCGCCAAAUCCAACUUCCGGACGGUCUUGAUUGACGAGUCGACUCAGUCCGCGGAGCCCGAGUGUAUGAUUCCGUUGGUUCUGGGCUGCAAGCAAGUUGUUCUGGUCGGUGAUCACCAGCAACUUGGGCCUGUCAUCAUGAACAAGAAAGCGGCCAAGGCCGGUCUCAACCAAUCUCUCUUCGAGCGACUGGUCAUUCUCGGCUGCUCGCCCAUCCGCUUGAACGUCCAGUAUCGGAUGCACCCCUGUCUUUCCGAGUUCCCAUCAAACAUGUUCUACGAGGGCUCGCUGCAGAACGGUAUCACUAUCGCCGACCGUGUGCGUCGGGACGUCGACUUCCCCUGGCCCAUCAUUGAUGAUCCCAUGAUGUUCUGGUCGAACCUGGGCAACGAAGAGAUCUCGGCAUCCGGAACCUCGUAUCUCAACCGUACCGAAGCCACCAAUGUCGAGAAGAUCGUCACUCGCUUCUUCAAGGCCGGCGUGCAGCCUCGAGACAUUGGUAUCAUCACGCCUUACGAGGGCCAGCGAAGCUACAUCGUCAGUUCUAUGCAAGCGACCGGCACUUUCAAGAAGGAGCACUACAAGGAAAUCGAGGUGGCCUCGGUCGAUGCUUUCCAGGGCCGUGAGAAGGACUACAUCAUUCUGUCCUGUGUGCGUUCGAAUGACCACCAAGGUAUCGGUUUCUUGAGUGACCCACGUCGUCUCAACGUUGCUCUUACUCGAGCGAGAUUUGGUCUGGUUAUUCUUGGUAACCCGAAGGUGUUGUCCAAGCAUCCCUUGUGGAACUUCCUCUUGCAGCACUUCAAGGAGCGACACUGCCUUGUGGAGGGGCCCCUGUCCAAUCUCCAGGAGUCCCUGAUCCAGUUCAGCCGACCGAAGCAAGCGUACCGAGGACCCCAGCGCUUCCAGACGUCUUUCAGCCAGGCCUCCAAUCUCAAUAGCGGCACCAUGAAUGGUCGCAAUGGUCAGCGCAAUGAGUACCAUGACUCUGGUUCUGUGGUCGGCUAUAUCCCCGAUGAUGUUUCUUCCGUCCAUUCUUCCUCCGCCCUGGGCGGUGUUGGCCUUCCCUCAGGAUAUCCCCCGAUGUUCCAGAAUUUCUCCGAACCCUGGCCCUCGAUCUCUGGAGGUCGUCGUGCCAACGGUAACCGGGCUAAAGGAACUCCGAGUGUGGCUGGCGAGUCCGUGGCUGCCACCGAGUCCGAUAUCACCGGCAGCAUCGUCGAUGGAAGAAGCGUUGAUCAGGGCGGUGUCAGUCUCGGUGGCUUGAGCAUCAACGACAUGGGCAAGCAGGCCAGUCUCAGUCAGUCUGAUCGUCUGAAGCGUUAUGUGGAGUCCGGUGGCCGCGAGCCCUACCGGCCAGGUGUUCCUGACAACAACAGCAUCUUUGGAGGCAGCUCCGCCAGCAUUCGCGUGACUCGGGGCGCUCCAGGCCACAACCUCCACGACGAUGAUGACGCCCGCAGCGUUUCCACAGCCUUUGCCAGUCAGGUUGGGGGUAAUUACGAUUGA